AUCCGGAGGGGACGGCCCAGCCAGGCUGGGGUCCGCGCGGGGCCUCCCGAGAGGCGGCAAGGGGCGCUGGGAAGGCGCAAGCCCGCGCCGGCUCCCUGCGGAUGCCCGGGUCGGAGAGGGGCGCCCGGGAGGGGCGGGUCUACUGGCACGUGGAGGGGCCGGCCCGGGUUCGCGGUUCCCCGUGCCCAGGCAGGAGGGGCUGCAGACGCCUGAGCUCCGUAGGGGUUGGGGCUGGGGGCUGCGGAGCUGUCUACAUCGGACUCCUCCGGGUCAGCCCGUUAGGAGCCGCCUCCCCUCUGCCCCUCCGAAGAGACGAGCGGCCCAGACAGGCCUGGGAAGGCCCCUCUGCCCCGUCAGGGGUGAAAAGCAAAGCUGGAAGGAUUCGGAGAGGGUUGGGGCCGUCUUCCUCAUCCUUCCUUUUCUCGGGGCUCCCGUGGCGACGUCAUGGCAAAUUCCCAAACUGGACGGAUCCGGCUCGGGUUACGUCCAGCAGGGCCGAGUCGGCCCAGGCCGGCCCCGGGGUCCUCGGUGCCGGCUGGAGGGGCUGGGCACCUCUGGGGCGGGGUUCUGCUCCACCUGCCCUCGGCGCGGACUGUGCCCUCGGCAGGCACGCGGACCGGCGGGGUAGGGCUAGGGCCCGGCUUCUCUGGGCCAAGGAUCAAGGUCCCUGCCUGGGUUAGGCCCCCACGCAUUCCAGUCUUCGGAACCCGGCCUCUGAAGAGGGCGCAGUAGGGCCCCAGCGGAGCGCGAGAACCCGCUCUACAGCCUAUUGCUUCCCCGCCCUGGGCAGAGCCACCUGGACAUGAGACCCGCCCUCAAUGCCGAAGCCUCUCGGAAGCAAUCUUUCGGGACGGAAGUUAAGUAGCCCCGAGCGGGAGGCUGUGGCGGAAGUGGUCGCGUUACCGCUUGUUUGUGCGCAUGCGCCACUCUCGUCGGCCGCCGCGCUUUCAGGAGGUGCUUUUGGUUCUCUCCGGUCUUGUCCACACUAGGGGGUGCACGUACUCCCAACUGUGGUCGCGCUCUCACCCCUUCUGCUGCUCUCGUGGCCCCCUCGCGAUGGCGGGCAUCCUGUUUGAGGAUAUUUUCGAUGUGAAGGAUAUUGACCCGGAGGGCAAGAAGUUUGACCGAGGUAAGUAAGUGUCUCGACUGCAUUGUGAGAGUGAAUCUUUCAAGAUGGAUCUAAUCUUAGAUGUAAACAUUCAAAUUUACCCUGUAGACUUGGGUGACAAGUUUCGGUUGGUCAUAGCUAGUACCUUGUAUGAAGAUGGUACCCUGGAUGAUGGUGAAUACAACCCCACUGAUGAUAGGCCUUCCAGGGCUGACCAGUUUGAGUAUGUAAUGUAUGGAAAAGUGUACAGGAUUGAGGGAGAUGAAACUUCUACUGAAGCAGCAACACGCCUCUCUGCGUACGUGUCCUAUGGGGGCCUGCUCAUGAGGCUGCAGGGGGAUGCCAACAACCUGCAUGGAUUCGAGGUGGACUCCAGAGUUUAUCUCCUGAUGAAGAAGCUAGCCUUCUGAACCUCGCCUGAAGCCAGCCUCUCUGCCAAGUCACUCAGGUCAUGGGCAUUGUUCAAGCCUGAGUGGCAGCCGCUCUUGCUCACCUGUUGAGGAAGGGCUGGCUCACUGUCCACCGUGGCGGCAUCUUUAACUGGCCUCCACUCAAUGGGAAACUGACUCGCCUGUGAAAGACACAGUGGGAGAGCUGAAAAUGAAUCAGAAGCUUUAUGUAUAUGAUUUUUAAAUUAAACUUUACUUUUUCAGACUGCCCCUCCCCUUUUUGUAAAAAGUCCAUUUACUGUAAAAUCAUUUUUUCCAGUU